AUGGACGCUGCUGUCGCGCCCGCCCCGCCACCUGCCCAGCUCACUCCUUCGAAGAAACGCAACCACGAAGGAGAAGUCAUUUACCGUCCGGGAUCUGUGCCUUCUCCAGACGGCCAGCACAGUAGCCCCCUCACCGCCGACGACGACUCCCGCUGCGGAACGCCAAACGUCGGUGUCCACAGCACUCCGUUGACCGAGUUCGGUGAUACUCCUGUCCUGAGCCCGUCACAGCCGUCCUCCAUGGCUCCUGCCGACGGGAAGAAACGCAAGGUCACCUUUGCGGAGAAGGAGGCCGACAAGGCCAUCAAGAAGGCCGAGAAGGAAGAAAAAGAGAGACUCAAGGCCGAGGCCAAGGCUAAGAAGGACGAAGAGAAGAAACGCAAGGAAGAAGAGAAAGACGCUGCCCGAAAGGUCCGAGAGGAGAAGAAGAAACAGAAAGACGCGGAGAAGCAGGAGAAGGAGGCCGAAAAGCAACGCAAGGAAGCUGAGGCGAUGAAGAAAGAAAGGGCACAAAUGAGAAUCGGUGCGUUCUUUGGUCGCCCAGCUGUUGCCACGUCACCUCAGGCUAGUGACCUGGGAAAUGUCUCCCGUGGUACGACGCCUUCUAGAAGAGGCUCGGUCACGUCUAUUGACCUGGAACCACCCCUGGUCGAGAUCAAAUCGCCGGCAUCCAAACCCACGAAUUCCGGGUACAACGAAUGGAUUCUCCCUUUCUUUGUCAAGGAACAUAUGGAAGUUGCACCAUUCAAUCGCUUCCACUCGAAUAGAGCUGUGUUGGACAAUGAUGCUCUAGCCUUCAACCAAGACAUAUGCCCAGAGAAACUUGGAAGUCGACUGCAUAGACGGCGUCGGGUCCGACCUGUGAAACCUGUAAAAGAAAUCCUGAACGAAAUGAGUAGUACUCCGACUUCUUCAAACGUUCUGGCCGACCUUCCCUACAAGUACUUGUUUUUCCACGAAGACAUUCGACCUCCCUAUCAUGGGACAUAUACGAGAGUUGUGUCUCCACGACGUACCAGAAAGCUUGCCGUCAAUUCUGCCUAUCGGGGAUUACCGGACACGAACUAUGACUAUGACAGCGAAGCGGAAUGGCAAGAACCUGAGGAAGGAGAUGAGGAAGUGCUAGACGACGACGAGAAAUCUGAAGACGAGGACGGGGACGAAGAGAUGGGAGACUUUCUCGAUGACGAAGGAGAGAUUGCCAAACGUCAGUUGAUUGUUGGUGAUAUGGAACCCAAGUGCAGUGGGCUAUGCUGGGAAGGGGAAGGCGAAGACGGACCACCUCGAGACGGCUUUGAUUUGUCCUCGUACCGUAUGGACGUUCUGCACGACUCAACAGCCUUCCCGAUUGAUCCAUACUCGACGGUGCACUGGGCAGACGUUGGGAAGAAGAGCCCUGCCAAGCGGGAGGAGAAGCCGCAGACUCCUUCCAUGCAGCCUCCUCGUCUACCACUGGCGGCAGUCGACCCGAACAGUGGCGGUUUGCUUGCUCAGUCCGGCCUCCUGAAGUUUGCGCCCGGCGACCGGCAACCAGAGACCCCGUGUCAAACGUCCAAAUUAAAAGCGAGCCAUGCUUCGGGCAAACCGGUCAAGACUAUCUCGGCAGAGUUUUUCCCGGCAUUCAGAGAAGCAGUGUCAGGCAACCCAUUGACAAAAACUGGGUUAAUCGAGGUGCUGAAGAAUCAGUUUCCAAAAUGCUCAAAGGACGCCAUCAAAAACACUCUGGAGGCCAUUGCGGAGAGAAGAGGCGUCAAGGAGGCUGAGAAGAAAUGGGUUUUGAUCGGUUGA